AUGAAGAAAGUAAUGGAUAAACAGGGCAAAUUAAGGAUUCAGAAUAGAGAGCCUCGCGAGAUAAGCUCUCACUUGCGUCUUGAAGGGGGUAAUCUCGAUGCCCUCUUGUCAACGCAAGAAAGGAUAACCAUAUCUCCUUCCGGCCGGGCAAGGCAAGCUCUCACCCGAGAAGUGGGAAGAUACAACAGCCGCGAUGUGGUUGCUAUAGAAGCGCAAGGAGAUCCAAUUCCAAUCAUCAAGGGCCGCCACCCCAGCACAGUCAACAAGGACAUAUGCAAGGAGGCGCUACUAACUAUAGACCUCAACAAAAUUACCCACCACAACAAGAGAGGAGGUGGUGGUGGUGGAGAGGGAGAAGAAACAUAA